GAAAGAGGUGAUCCCAGUUUGGCAGAGGGAGGAAGUCCACACUCUGCUAGGAGUCAAGAUCACCUGCUGUCCCUGACCACAGUCAUCAUGCCUCGGGGACAGAAGAGUAAGCUCCGCGCCCGUGAGAAACGCCACCAAGCCCAAGGUGGGACCCAGCAUCAGAGGGAUGCUGAGGCCACUGUGGCCAAGGAAAAAGCACUCCCCUCCUCGGUCACUCCUCCCUCUGAGGUUCUUACUCAGAGAAAUCCUGCUGCUGGCUCACGUAGAGCUCUCAAAAGGUCUCAGAGGGCCCUAUCCGCCACCACUGAAGGUGCUUCUCAAACAAGAUCAUACAAAGGCACCGACUGCCAGAUUGAGAAAAAGCAAGGUUCCUUCCAGCCCCCUGUCUCCAUUAUGCAGUCUGCAGAAGACCCCAUAAGCAAAACAGCGAGUGUUUUGGUGUCUUUUCUAAUGCACAUGUACAGAAUGAAAAGGCGCAUUAUGAAAGCUGAUAUGCUGAAGUUUAUCAAUAAAAAGUAUAAAAAUCGCUUCGUUGAGAUCCUCAGAAGAGCCUCUUUCAGCUUGGAAGUGGUUUUUGGUGUUGACAUAAGAGAAGUCGAUCCUACCAACCAUUCCUAUAUCCUUGUCAGCAAAAUGGAGCUCCCCAACAACGGGACUAUACACCGUGGCAGAGGCUUUCCCAAGACCGGCCUCCUGAUGAAUCUCCUGGGGGUGAUCUUCCUGCAGGGCAACUGUGCCGCCGAAGAGAAGAUCUGGGAGUUCCUGAAUAAAAUGAGAAUCUAUGCAGGGAAGAGGCACUUCAUAUUUGGGGAACCUAAGAAGCUCAUCACCCAAGAUUUGGUGAAGCUUAAGUACCUGGAGUACCGGCAGGUGCCCAACAGUGAUCCAGCAAGCUAUGAGUUCCUGUGGGGCCCCCGAUCCCACGCCGAGACCAGCAAGAUGAAGGUGCUAGAGUUUUGGGCCACAAUUAAUCGUACAGUCCCCAGUGCCUUCCACCCUUGGUAUGAAGAAGCUUUGAGAGAUGAGGAAGAGAGAGCCAAAGCCACAGAUGCACUCCAGGCUGAGACCGAUGCCACGGCCAGUGAAUGUUCCAGCGAGUGUCCAGCAGCUCCUCCCACACCUAGUGAAGUCGAGGCCAAUUCUUCAUAUUGUGACUGAAUAGAGCAGUCAGGGUUCUAAGUAGUGGAGGCCUGGACGUGACUGAGGGAACACAGUGUAGAAUACCUUUGUGCUCUUGUUCUGUCUGGGUAAUUUGGAGAUUUAUCAGCAUUUUGAGAUUUUGCUACUUUUCAAAUGUUACUACUUUGAAAUGAAAUCUUAACUAGCAUUAUAGUCUAAAUUUAUGAAUUAUAUUGAUCUCACUUAUUGUUGCUUAUCAGUUCAAGAGAGUGUUGCUGUUUCAUAAAACAAACUGGGAAAACUCCCAUUUUAUUUAGUGUUCUGGUACAAAGUAACAUGGCACUGAAAUAUGCAUUUCCUUGAAAAGGUAAGAAACAUAAGCAAUAAACUAUAUGGAACCAAGAAAUGGAACAGGAGAGUAAGAUGGUCUGUAUUUGGCUUUCUGAUUCCUUUUACUCUGUUUUAUAAAAUUUUAAAUAAUAUCAUA